CGCGCCAAAACAGUAGAAACCCUAGGCCCUCCGCCGCCGCGCUGCGCUGCGAUGCCGCCGUCGGUGCAGCGGCAGGUGGCGGAGAUCGCCGCCGAGCCCGACCGCGCCGCGGCGUACGCGCGCCUCCUCCACCUGCAGCGCGACUGCGCCGAUGACCCCUCCGCGGCCGCCGACCUCGCCGCGGCCUCCCCCUCCGUCCUCCUCCCCAUCCUCCUGCGCGACGCCGCUGACCGUGACGAGGCCGUCGCCGCCUCCGCCCUCAAGUGCCUCGGCUUCACGCUCUACCACCCCGUCCUCGUCUCCACCGUCUCAGGGCAGAUGGCUCAGUUAUUAUUACAUACCUUGAUACAGCUAAUCCUGACCACCCAGAUGAAGGCUAUUUGUAAUCUGGGUGUCUGGUGCAUCUCUGUGCAACAAUUGGAGGCAGUGAUUUUAGAUGAUACAGCAACUUCUUUGCUAACUGCUAUUGUUCAUGCCAUUGACAAUCCAUUUUGUUCUUUGUCUACAACAUUUGAGGCUGCUCAGGCUAUUAUUAAACUUACGUGCCAAAAUCCAGAAAGAAUGAGGGAACUAUCAAGCAUAUGGGUUCCACCGAUAUACCGAAGACUCUUGAGUACUGAUAAGGGGGAAAGGGAUAUGGCAGAAAGAUGCCUGCUUAGGGUGUCAUCUGUUGUUUUACCACCACAAUCUCCUCUUUCGAAGGCAGUAGCUUCAGACCUUGAGCAUUCUCUGCUCUCUCGUAUGUUGAAUAUGCUCAAUGAUCCUGUAAAGAAAGUUCAAGCAGUGAAGUCAUGGGGAUGGUACAUAUCCUUACUUGGCUUACAUGCAGUGGAUAAUAGACCUCUACUUAAUAAAAUCCUUAAGGUCCCUGAGCAGAUGUUCAUUGAUCCUGAUACACAAGUCCAGAUUUCCACAGUGGUUGCAUGGAGGAAUUUGGUGAAUGCAUUUUUUCCUCCUCUGGCUUCAGAGACUCCGGUUCCAGAAACUAAAAUUUCUCCUAUUGAAUCCAGAGCAGAUGCAAAUGCUCAGCUGAAAAAUAUAAGGCUGAUUAUGAUGCCUUUAAGUCGAAUUCUGUCAAGAAGUCGUAAUAUAGCUUUAAGUUCCUCCUGCUUAAGCACAUGGCAUCACCUCUUAUAUAAACUUGGUGAUCUGAUAAACCAUUUACCUGUUCUAGAGGCUGCUUUCGGGCCCAUACUCAAAAUAAUUUUCUCCAUUGGACCUGAUAUUAAGAAUAAGCCACUCUAUUCAUUUUGUGUCAAUCUGUUUCAUGGAUUUAUUUCAGCAAAAGUUCAAAACAUGACCUCAAAUGAAGAGAAUUUGCCCAUUCCAUUGAAUAAGAACUUGCUAUCCCAAUCCUGUAUAUAUCUGAAGGGCUUGAUGGAUGGUCAGCGUAUCAGAUGGUUACCAUGGGAUCUUUCUUGCUUUGAUUUUCAUUUGGAGAUCCUUGGCUCUAUUGCGAAUCCAGAACUACUUCAUAAUAUGACUCUUGAAAUCGUGGUGACUGUUAUGGAUUCUGCAACACAGAUUUUCAGGUUGCUUGUACAGGGAGUUCAGCUUGACUGGAAAGCAAACUGUUCUUAUGACAAUGCUCUGAAAUGCAUUGCUAAGGUGUGCAAGUUUGUGAAGGUGUUUAUGGAUCUUGUAGGAAAGCAAAACAGCAACAACUGUUCAGUGUUACUGCAAUUUGGUUUUCAGUUUGUGAAAGUUAUUUUGGAGGAAUUGGAUCAUUGCCUACUGUCUUCUGGAACCUAUUUGAUAGGCUUAGACAUCGAACACAUAAAGGAGAUGCAAUAUGCAGAAUGCAGCCCAAACUUAUCAUGUCUAGGAAUCAAGUCACAAUCUUACAUGGAUAUGGUUUCUCCAGCAAUUUACAUGAUUGCUCUUACUCUAUCAGUUGUAGCAGAGUUUACUGGAGAACUCUCGCAUGGAGAUGCUGAACAAUUGGCUAUGGUUAUUUGCUUAGCCAAUUUCCAAGACAAUUUCCAUGCUGUUGUUUCUAUUAUGUAUAAGCAGAUCAUGCAUCUGACAGAUAAUAGGCUAAGAGUGAGAUGGUUGAUGGUGUGGAACAAAAUUGCGAAGCACUUGGGCGAGCAAACUAUGCCUCACUUAAAAUUCAUCUGUGGCAUAAGUGCCCAAGAUGUACUCUAUCAGUUCUUCUGUUAUCCAUUUUUUGCUUUCCUAAUGCAUGGAAAGAAAUCUACUCUUUGCGAUGCUGAAAGUUCUUCUGUGUCAUACCUCUCUUUGACACAUGACCUAGAGGUGGAAGUGACUAUUGAGGUUUUUAAAUCCAUUUGUGCAAACUCCAAUCAUGGUCCAGAGGCUGCCCACAAGGUUUUCCUAGAGCGCUUUUGUGGAUUUGUUUCAAGCAUAAUUGAUGAAAACAUCUCCAUGUUCCAAGCCAACCUUGAGUACUGUUCAGAUAAGAAGUUUAAAAAUAUCGCUUUCCUUUCUGCUCUUGGUGAACUAGUUAGUGGAUUGUUAGAGAGUGGUCAUAUUUUGAACCAUGCCAAUAAAGAGCUGACAGAAACAAGUGAAGAGCCUGCUGUAAGUGGCCAACCUAGCCUCGUCCUGAGUUGCUUAAAGCUUAUUAGCAGGUUUAUGGGACUGUCAACUGUUGUUGUCAAAGCAAAUCCAAAUUCCCAACACCAGAUCAUGAGCAGGGUUUUUUCAUCGUUAUCUACGUUUGCUGGGCAUCUCCUGUUGAAGGAAGACAUUCUUCUAUUCUUUGAGAUUAUUGGAGAGCAACUUACUGAAUGGCUCUUUUUAUCUAGCACAUUGUACGGUGAAAUGCUACAAGGAGAAAUCAUUGAUCAGCUUGAGAGGCUCUGGUUCAAGAUCAUCACGUGCCUAAAGAUGAGCAAGCUCAUCAAUGAUAGUUCCUUCCUUCAAAAGCAGCUAGUGUUACUUCAGGCAGCACUAAACCACUCACAUCGUCCCAUUUCAGUUGCAACUACAUCAAUUUGAAGAGCAUCAAGAUCUGACAUCUUAAGCUUGCAGCAUUCGUCAUGCUCAGUUUCGAACCUAGAUGAAUUACCAAUGGAGAGCAGAAAAGAUCUUACUGAUCCUUGUGCUCCUCACAACGCCAUUGCAGUCGAAGAAAUUGACAUUUGGAGGAAGUUCAAACACCCAAGGUCAGAGAUGGAGAACAAUGAUGAAUCUCUUAAGAUGAAGAAUGAUGAAUCUCCGAAGGUGAAGAGUGAUGAAUCUCUUAAGAUCUCUGUGGGUCUAGGGAGAAAGAGGCUGAAGAUUAUGAAGUACUCAAUGAAGCCAAGGGAACCUGGUAAAAGUACAGUUCCUCCAGUAGGUUUUAGUUCUAAAAAGGAUACUAGUGCCUUCUCAUCGCACUACAUGGAAAGCAAAGUUUGUAGGAAACCAGAAUUAAUACUGGAAACGCUUAAAAGAAAAUGAUAGACUGAUGUCACGAACAUAUACGCUCGUAUGAUUGUCUACAAGAAAAAAUUGUUGUAUUCCUGAAAAAAUAUAUAAAAUUCUUACACAUGCGAAAAG